CUAACCGCAUAGUGACAACUCGGUGGGGGACCUCAGUCUCUCUCUGGGCGCCUGGACGUUGACACAUGCGUGAGAGUGCAUGCUGUCCUCUCUCUUAGUGACGCGCCCUCUUAGAGCAGCGUGUGAAUUGCUAGUCUUUCCGGAGUGUACAUUCCGACGUGCAAGCGUAUGUGAUGGCGUGUUUAAUGCAGAGCUGAGGGACGAGUACGUCUUUGGCUGAAAUAUUUACUAGCUUACGCCAGCAAAUUUCUGGUAAGCAAUGAAGAUAAGCCGGAGUGGUGCUUCAGAGUCUUUGGUUACACACAAGUGAGCAGUAUAGCUGGCGAGGAUGAACCAUCCCUGGGAGGAGAUUCCCUUACGUCCAGACCAACAAAUGAAAUUCUCCACACCCGCCGCCCGAAGCCAGGAUGACCUGCAAUGGAAGGACGUGUGGUACCGUCUGGAGGAAGGUCGGGGCAGCAUCAACUUAGCAAGCUUCGAGGAGCGCAUCACCAGGACCCCAAACAAUGCUCAGGCGAUCCCACAAGCCCUCAGUUUGCUAAGGAAGGCAGACACUCAGCAGAAGGGCUACGUCACGUAUGCUGAAUUUAGAGACUUCUACAACAAACGUCUGCAAGAGAACUCAUGGGAGCGAGGAGUGCUCACGAGGGUGGCCCUCGACGUCCAGGAUUUUAGCCCGUCACCCGAGGAGGAGCCAGUUUACAACACGUGGGUAGACCUGGUCAACUACGUGCACAUCACCCCAUCUCCAUUGGACUUUCAGUGGCACUGGAUCGUGCCUACCGAUUACGAUCGCUCGCGACUCCCUCAUUCCUGCUUCUACAGAAGUGAGCUAGUUAGUCCACAGAGGCUGCGAGAGUGGCUUCUGACGACAAAGGCGGCGGACAACCUCCCCAACCAAGCAGUCAUCAAGCUGCUGGAGAAGUGCCAAAGUAUCCUGACAGAUGCAGACGCCAAUCAAGACGGCUACAUCGAGUAUAAGGAAUUCCUGCGUUUUGUAAGCAUCAAGACGUCUGGGUACCGUGGUAGCGCGGUACUGCGCCGGGGUGUUCUUGGGGUACUUCCCAGAGGUGAACGUACUUUGGAGACGAGAAGGUACAUUGAAGAGUACUCAUGCUGGCCCCCACCUCUCUUCAUGUUGCUCAUCACCAUAGCUGAGAUCAUUACCUUCAUUAUCUACGUGGUGGACAUGCAGGAGCCCAUAGAGGGUAACGGACCCUGCCCCACCUACUCUCCACUGGUGUUCAAUCCACGAAGACGGUACGAAGCCUGGCGCUACAUCUCAUACGCUCUCAUACAUUCAGGGUGGGUGCACCUGGUGAACAACCUGCUGGUGCAGAUGGUGCUGGGGGUACUGCUGGAGAUGGUGCACACUUGGCGUGUUGUUGUCAUUUACGACGGUGUAACAGCAGGCUCGCUCGCCCACUCCCUUUACACUCCAUCAUUCUUCCUGGUCGGGGCCUCCGGGGGUGUUUACGCCGUCGAAUACGCACAUCUCGGGAACCUCUUAAUGAACUGGUCAGAAAUGGAGCUCCCAUGGGUUCAACUGAUUGUGAUUCUGUUUAUCAUGUCCCUUGACCGGGGCUACGCCGUCUGGGACACGUUAACGAAUCCUAAUACCGCUACUGGCCACAUGGCCCAUCUGGCGGGGGCCAUGACUGGACUCCUGAUAGGCGUGGUGAUGCUGAGGAACCUGCGAAAGGAGAACUGGGAAAGAUACUGCUGGUGGACUUCUCUUCUGCUCUUCAUCGUCCUUGUUACAUGCGGGGUACUCCUAAACAUCUUUCUCCCAAUCCCAGAAUACUUCCCAGAAAACGAUUGGUCUACCAUAUCUCAGAACCGAGAGGAAUGGAUGAGGGAGCACGGCUGAUCUUCCUCGCCCCCUUAUUUUUUAAGUAAAUCGAAAUAUUUCUUCACCUUGGAGGACCACUGGUUAUCGUUCAGCAAAGCCGAGUUGAGUGCUUGCAUUAAUUUGAGUAAUGAUCAUAGGGAAAGUGCAGCUCAAUAUUACCAUAAAUAUAUCGCUAAACAACUGCGCUUCCGCAUUUCUAAAUCCCAGAUAUGAGAAGAAUGCA